UACCCAUCAAAACACGAAGAUCGACGAGUCACAAGGGAACUUAUGUGUUGUAUGGAAAUGAAAACAAUAUCCUGAAAGAAACAGAAAGUGGUGACCUUGUACUUUAUAGAAUAGAGAUUAUUUAUUUAGUACAAUAUAUGCUGGGCACAUUAUUGCUAAAGCAUCAGGAGAGAAUCAUUACAUGUAAAUAGUGAAAACAAGGAAAUUUCUCCCUUAAUUUGGUAUACUACAUCUCAGAUUGUAAAAGGAACAACUUCCAUACCUAAAAAGAAACCAGUUUCUCUUUGCAUUUCAACAAUUUUAACUUUUACUUUGUGUCCAGCAGUAGUCAAUACAGUAGUAUACUGUACUGUAGCUCACAAUGUCCCACACAUAUAACAAAGUAAGACUGACCACUGCCAAGUCAAUUCUUAUGCGUGUACGACGCACAAAACCUAUUGGUUCAAACUGCAUUAUGUAUUCUUCAUGUAAUUUAUUACCAAUCAACUCUAAAGUUUUAACCACGAGUAGAUCCCUAGGAACAUCUGUACAGUACUUAUGUAGUAAAGACGGUGGAACAAAGGGGGAAAGUAGCGCAUCAGCUAGUGGUGGCAAGCGUGUCCGUGGUAGCAGCAGCAGCAGUGGCGAUGGAGGGAAGUCGGGACAACUUUGCUGUCCUAAGUGUGGAGAUCCCUGUACUCAUGUCGAAACUUUUGUUUCAUCAACACGGUUCGUUAAGUGUGAAAAAUGUCAUCAUUUUUUUGUGGUUCUGUCAGAGACAGACACAAAAAAGACAAUUAAAGAGAAUGCUGCACAGGUGAAAACGGAGAGAUCCCCACCACCCCCUCCAAAAAAAAUAUACUCCUUUCUUGAUAAACACGUCAUUGGACAAGAACAUGCCAAAAAAGUACUGUCUGUGGCUGUGUACAACCAUUACAAGAGGAUUCACAAUAAUAUCCCUGUAGCGCCCUCACGGCCAGCAUCAGAGCAGGCUGAGAACAAGGCACAAUCUACUGCAUAUUCACCUAGAGAACUUCUUCAGAUAGCAGGUAUAACAAGCCAUGGCAACGCUCUUGGAGCAUCCUCGUCUGUAGGCCAACAAGCCAAUCAGACAGAAGAUGAUAAGAAAAGAGGAAGUACAGUAUUAGAUGUAAAAGAACAUGAAUUAAAACUGGAGAAGAGUAACAUACUGAUGCUGGGACCAACUGGUUGUGGUAAAACACUGUUGGCUCAAACUAUUGCACAGUGCCUGGAUGUACCCUUUGCUAUCUGUGAUUGCACAACCUUGACUCAGGCUGGAUAUGUGGGUGAAGAUAUUGAAUCUGUUAUUGGCAAACUCCUCAUAGAUGCCAACUACAAUGUAGAAAAAGCUCAACAAGGUAUUGUCUUCUUAGACGAAGUAGACAAAAUUGGCAGUGUGCCAGGCAUCCAUCAGUUGCGAGAUGUAGGAGGUGAGGGUGUCCAACAAGGGCUGCUGAAGAUGCUAGAAGGGACAAUUGUUAACGUACCCGAACGAAGCUCACGUAAACUACGGGGAGAGAGCGUACCGGUGGAUACAACUAACAUUCUGUUUGUUGCUUCUGGGGCCUUCAACGGUUUGGAUAGGCUAGUUAGUAGAAGAAAGAGUGAAAAGUACCUAGGAUUUGGAGCACCAGUCAGUGCCAGUCAAGGUCGAAGGGCAGCUACAAUUGCUGACCUCACUCACUUCGGAGAAGGUGAGAGCACCAAAGAGGAUGACGCAGAGAAAGACGCUAUAUUAAAGUUAGUGGAAGCACGGGACCUCAUUGAGUUUGGCAUGAUUCCUGAAUUUGUGGGACGGUUUCCAAUCAACGUUAGCUUAACAUCACUUAACGAGGAAAUGCUUGUACGGAUUUUGACAGAGCCAUGUAAUGCAAUUGUGCCUCAGUUUAAAUACCUUUUUGGAAUGGAUAAUAGUAAAUUAGAAAUUUUACCUGAGGCAUUGAAUGCUAUUGCUCAACAUGCACUCGAUCGCAAGACAGGAGCAAGGGGGCUUAGAUCAAUUAUUGAGAAAAUUUUACUGAAUGCUAUGUAUGAAGUGCCUGGUUCUAACAUCACUAAAGUCACUGUAGACGCUGAUGUAGUUGAGGGACGCAAAGAGCCUGUAUACACACGAGAAGAAAAUAUUGUUGAAGAUGACAACCAUAGUCUAAAAGAAGAGGCUCAGAUUAACUAGUUGUUUUUUUCAUGAUAGACAAUAUUAAACUUGUUUUUUUUUUUUAGUUGACUGUUAUAUGUACAAAGUAGUUUUUUGAGUUGGUAACUUUCAGAACCAUUGCAUAUUAGUGAUGGACAGAUGGACAAUGUUUCUUUUAAAAUAAACAUAACUUACCAAUACAAAUGUAAAAAUUGUCAACAAGAACAAUAAAUAUAUACAUAGUGACAAUUUGAAUAUCAAGUGAGUAAAAAAAGAUUCUUUUUUCCGCUUUCAUAAAGAUUUUUUUUUUCCAUAAAAAAAAAAUUUUUUAAUUCAGCUAUGGUUAUUUAUGAUCAGGAAAGAUAUGCGUCGUGAGAGAUGAUUAUCAUUAGCACAUGUAUCAUUGGAUUCUGAUGCAUUUUUGGAACAUAUAGAUGGUGGAAGAAAUAUAUUUCUUAGGAUCUAGUUCACUAUGGAAACAGAUGAAUGAUGUAUCUUGGAGUCAGAUGAAUACUGGGAUUUGUUGCAACAUUUUAGUAAGGCCUAAAAAAAUUGUUUGUUUUCCCUUAGCUGACGGAAAAAUAGGGGCAGCAUUUUUGGCAUUUAAAACAUUUUGUUCAAAUUUUAAAAGGUGAUCUUUAUUUUUCUCCAUUUUACACAUGAAAGUUUUGUGUCUGAUGUGAAGUAUCACCAUUUUAGGCCUAAAUUCAUUGCAAAAUAUUGAUUAUGGGUUAUUUUUAUUCAGUCUGAUGAAUACCCUUUCAAAAACAAACAGUGAGACAGGCUUAAUUGCAAGCAUUGGGAUUUAAUAUGUUUAUUGUUAAUUUUGGCAGUUUAACUGUUCCCUGAUUUUGGAGACAGGAGAAAAAAAAAAACAUUUUUGCGCCUUCUAUAAAACAAACAAUUUAUUGUUUUAGGCCUAAUGUACAAUUGGGGAUUUGGAUGAGAUACCAGAGUUUCAAUACUAAGAUCUUAAUUUCAACACAUUGCCAAAACGAUGUCUCUACCUAAAGAAACUCUACUCUAUAUAGUCUCAUGAAAAUGUUAUAGAGCAUAGAGGGUCACAAAUGAUGAGUGUUGCAGUGGAGAUCACACUUAUUAUAUGAUGGAAAACAAAUUUGUGAAUAUGCGUUAGUCCAGGCACACAAUGCAUUGACUCACAGCAUUCUGUGGUCAGUGCAAGCACUUGCUUCACGCAGUGAUGGCAGCCUGAUGCUGAAAAUGAUCCACUCCACAAUCAUUUCUCACAUCACAUGCUCAUGGAAAUGACUGUCAUCUCAGUGUGUUCCAGGAUUUAUAUGAACAUGGUGAUAUGUUACAGGCAUCAAAUGCACCUUACACUAUCUAAACCCCUGUCUAGACUAUAAGACAUGUGACAUGCCUAAAUAUGGUCAUGAUGUGAUCACAUCAUGACCAUAAUAGGCACAUCAUGACUGUAUAUGGGCAUACAACACUUUUUUGUUAAAGAAAAUUUGAUAAUUUCGACAGCUUUAUAUCAACUACAAAAGUUACAUAAUUUAUGCAUUUAAAAAACUGAAAAGUGGAAUGAUUUCGUAAUAAAUGAGAAAAUAUGUAUACUGUAUAUUGAAAUUGCUGUUUAUAAAAAAAAAGUGAUAAUGAAACAUUUGCUAAGAUCAGGUGAAGAUGAGGAAAGUAUUCACACUUGAAAUACUCAGAUGUAUUGCUUCAAAGACAAAGUAGACAUGUUUAAGUUAUUAAAUAGUGCAUUAAUUCUAUAUUUUAAGUAUAUAGUCUAGUAUUUCUGUAAUAAUAAUAAUAAUAAUUGAUUUUUAAUUUUUCUCUGGCAGAAUCAAGCCAAUUCCUAUGCAUUUUCAAGUGUU